AUGGCCGCUGCCUAUGACAGCGGAGCGAUUAGCGCGAGCGGUGCAAACGCGGUGUCUGACCCCAAUAACAUUGUUGAGCGGCUGCUUGAAGCCAUUAAACAACACCCCUGUGUCUAUGACACAAAACGACUAGAUCUCCGCGACCAGCAGCGCAAGGCAAACGCAUGGGAUCAGAUCAUGCAGAGCAGCGGUCUCGCCACAGUGGAAGAAUGCCACAAGCUGUGGAAGCGGUUAAGGGACCGGUUCACCCGCGAGCUCAAAGUCAUCGAGCUCGCGACGAGGAGCGGCAGCGGCUACGUGCCGAGGCAAACGUGGGAGUUCGCCGCUGCCAUGGAAUUUUACAAGCAGUGUGGUCGUCCGAGACAAACAACCAGCAACGUGGCCUCGGCGGGCCUACGAGGAGAAGAAGAUAGUGCCUCCACUCCAGAGGCAUUUUUUCAUACAAUGGUAGAUGGAACGACAACGCCACCACCCGCCAGCUGCAACGACGUUAGCCUGGAAGCCCCAGCAGCAAAUCCUUGGGAACCUGCUUGCCAGGGAGAUCGCACGGUGGGGGAGCCACCCUGAAA